AUGAAUCAAAUUUACAAUGAGAGACAGUCAAUGAGGAGAGAAGAGAUGGAUGAUGAGGCGGCUGUGUCUUAUUCUUGGGUGUUGGAGAGGUUGAGGGAUAUUUACGGGACAGUGCAGACGCCGGAUGUAAUCGUAACGGAUCGGGAUGAGGGUUUGUCUGCAGCUAUUCAUGCUGUCUUUCCAGAUGUACGACAUCUAUUAUGCGUAUGGCAUAUUGGCAAUGACGUGGAGAACAUGGUCGAUAAAUUGUGUGGCGGCAAGAAAAAUCAACAGGGCCAGUUAUUCAGGCAAACAAAAUGGAACCCCUUGGUUAACAGUAUGACGAUCGCCGAUUUUGAAAACAGAUGGGAAGGGAUUGUGUCCACUUGGUCGACUAGGAACCGGAGAGUCGUGCAAUAUUUGGCAGGAACAUGGAUUCCUCACAAAGAGAAAUUUGUGCGUGCGUGGACGAAUGAUUGUUUGCACUUGGGUAACCAGACUACCAGUAGAGUUGAAAGUCAACACUCUUCCUUCAAGUACUACUUGGGUAGCGGUAAUAGCUCAUUCGAUACGCUGUUUAAAAGGGCGCACGCACAAAUUACGAAUCAACAAUCAAAAAUAAGACAAGCUCUUGAGGAAUCUAAGAAUUCCAUUUCAAGGACGUCGCGACUAAAUUUUCUACGACCGUUGUAUCGUCAUGUUUCUAUAUUUGCCUUGGAACUAUUGAUGAUGGAGCACAACCGGAUGCUAACCCUGGGCAGUUGUCUUUUAGAAAAAUGCGGUUGUUAUUUAGAUGCAGAAGAAGACGCCAACGAAGAAGUACAGCACGCAAACGCCGAUGAUAAAGAGUACUUGAACAUGAGCUGCACCCCGAUGGUGACGACAUACUUGAGCCCGAAGCAAGUCCACCGAGGAAAGGAAGACCAAUGA